UCAAGCCUGUCGCAAUUAUAUCAGUAUUUCGUAACCUUACGAUAAUCGUACGCAUGCGCAGUUAAAGCGAGCUCUUCAAACGAAGGUAUUUUAUCUGAUGUUUGGUGUCUGCUGUCAGUUUUCACUUGGACGUAAACAAGUUGUAAAAGUUCUGUUAGAGGAUGUCUUUAAGCGGAAAAGAAAAGAAGCGAGGGCCAAACUGGACGAUAGAAGAAAGAAAUACGCUUAUAGAGCUAUGCCGGGCCAGUACAAACACACUCAAAAUGAACUGGGGAGAAGUGGCUGACAGGGUGAACAGUAUCGGGGGAAACUCCAGAGUCGCCCCGAGGUUAAAAAGAAGUGGACUGAUAUGAAGAGCAAUGUAAAGAGGAAGGCGCAGCAAGAACGGACAGAAAGCAGGCAGACAGGAAAUGGGUUGAAGACUAUAAAUCUGGAUUCUUGGGAGGAAAUGGUAUUGACAACCAUUCCAAAGGUGUCAGUUGAUGGCAUUCCUGGAGGCGUGCAGUGCGGGGUUUCUUCAAUCCAGGAAUCGAAUACAGAAGAAGAAGAAGAAGAAGAAGAAGAAGAAGAAGAAGAAGAAAAAGACAUGAUCCAGGGAGCAGCAGCUAAUGUGAAAGACCGCUCAUCAUCAGUAAAGUUUUCUUCUUGUAAUGCAACAGGGGGUUCCACAUCAAAUCUUCAACUGCGAAUGGUGAUGGCCCAGGAGCAACAAAACAGUAUUCUGUCAUCAAUAGAUUCUACAUUGAAGAAAAUGUUAGAAUACCAAAAAGAAAAAUCCGUUGACCUUCUACAUUUUGAAUAUUAAUUUAAGAAAACAUUCAUUUAAAUUAUGUAUCGGUUUCUUAGACUCAUUGAAAAUGUGUUAAGUUAUAUUAUUCAACUGGCCACAAUUUCUCAACACUUUUUCAAUCAAUGAGGUUACAUAACUCCAUAUUAUCCUAAAUACAAGUUAUGGCCCCUGAUUGACUUAGGUUAAAGUUUUAGGGCAGGUUAAAUUUUAGGGCAAGUUGGGAUUUUCACUUAAAACUCCAAUACCAUUCAUUCAAUUGACUUAAUGCUUCGCACAGAUGUUCAGAGCCAUCACAUAAUGAGGUUAGAUAACUCCAUAUUAUCCUUUAUACAAAUUAUGGCCUCUGAUUGACUAUGGAACUUAGGUUAAAGUUUUAGGGCAGGUUGGGAUAUUGUUUAAUAACUUCUAUACCCUUCAUUCAAUUGACUUAAUACUUCACACAAUUGUUCAGGACCAUCAGCCAAUGAGGUUACAUAACUCCAUAUCCUUAAUACAAGUUAUGGCCCCUGAUUGACUUGGGUUAAAGUUUUGGGCAAAAUUAUUUACGACCAUAUUACAACAAGAAA